AUGCGGUCUCGACUGCUUCUCUUUGCUGUAAGAGCGUUGCGAAGUGGACCAUUUCUGCCGCACCGAUUUCUCCAGACGACGCGUGUUCUCGCCGACCGCGGAUUCAAGCAAGGUCAACGCCGAACACGAGUCGACGUUCCUUUUUAGGAAGAACGAUUCGAUUUAUCAGACUUCAGGCCGAGGCACCGGCGACACGGGAAAGUCGUCUUUGUUCAACAACGAGCGGCGCUGGAAGGACGAUGACGCCUUUGCCGCUCUGGGCGCCACCGACGAACUUUCUUCUUUUUUGGGGUGAUUCUAAUAAAAAAAAUGUUUUUCAUUUCUCGGCACGUUUGUUUUGUGCAACUAUGACUUCGAAAAGUUUCAGAACUAUAGUCUGUUCAGAUUUUGAAUGUCAAGCAGCUAACUCCACCCCCAUGGCUACAAUAUCUUUCGCGUCAAUGUUUUAUCUACAGAUCACGAUGGCCCUUUAAUAAGGCUGCAUUUUUGACUUCUUUUUCUAUCUUUUACAUCAAAAAAGAUCAAAAUUAGUAUCGCGCGAUAAAACAUCGACGCGAAAGGGUACCGUCUCGGCAGGGGCGGAGUUAGCUGCUUGACAUUUAAAAAUCUGAACAGACUAUAAUUCCUCUAAAAAAAUUUUUUUUUCUAUUUUUUUUCUUUUCGGAUAUGUCGACGGAAAAUGUUACCUUUGACCCUAUUGAUUUCCGAAAUAGGCCAAAUUCAACGAGAACUAAUUUAAAAAUAGUGUACAAUUUUUUGUACGCCAAAAAUCUCUACUUUUAGAGUUUGCGGACAACUUGCCGAAAAGGACAGUCAACUGCAGGAUUUGGUGGAGACCUUGACUCGACUACAGUGUUGCCUGCAGGACGUCGGAGCGCAUCUCGCCACUCCGUCAGGCUCUUCGGAGAAAAAGACAAGUCUGCUUUUCUUUGACAACACCGUCGUAUUGAAAAAUAUAUCCAAUGAAACCAUUCGGGAAUCUUCAUCUUGACUUUGCAAGAGGAUUUGUUUGAAAAAGAACCUGCUUCCAAUAUAUAACCUGUUUUGUGCGAAGAUUUGUCUCCUGCCAUUCUUUUUCUUCCAGAGUUGACUUCUUUCGACGGCGAGAUGGUCGAAUGGAUCAACGCCGAAAUCGACCGAUACGGCGACGAACUGCCUCCUCUGAAGCAGUUCAUCCUCUCGGUGAGACUCUUGUCUUGACUCUCCAGAUCGAGCUCAGGGAGGAGGCGCCACUUCGGCUAACCUACAGUAUGCCAGGGCGGUGUGUCGUCGUGCUGAGAGAGCCGUCGUCGCUUUGGUACGCUCAGAAUCGGCCGAUCCGCAAGCCCUCAAGUUCCUCAACAGGUUGAAAGUUCACUUCUCGCAACAGAAGCUCAUAUCCUGUUUGUGUAAUUCUAAAGAAUUUUGUAGUUUGUAGUCAAUAAUAUCAGAUUGAUUCUAGAUAAACUGAAUUUUUUGACCCUCAAAACUUUUCUUUUUUUUUCUCAACUAACCAAUCGACAGAUUUCCGCAAGUUCUGCUAAUUAUAGAAGUUUUAUCAACGAAAGGCGAUUUUCUAGAAUGAGCGACCUUCUGUUCGUCCUGGGACGCUACGCCUGCAUGAAGAACCAGAAGGAGGAACUUACCUACUUGCGGCCUUCCUCAUUCACAAAACUCCGUUGGCAUCGCAAGAAGCUCUCCAAGCAAGAAUAA